AUGCCUGUGUUCCAAUCCAAAACCUUUCGUCGGACAGCUACAGAAUCAUCGUCCCUCGGUGAGCGGCUCGGUGCGUUCUACCGAGCGCGACUAACUCGACACCCUUUCAUUCUUUUCGGACUCCCAUUCAUGGCCGUUAUUGUAGCUGGGUCAUUUGCCUUGACACCUGCUGCUGCUCUACGGUAUGAGCGGUAUGACCGCAAAGUCAAGCAGCUCAGUCAAGACGAAGCAUUUGAUCUCGGACUCAAAGGUCCUGACGGGGAAGAGGGAAUCAAACGCAACCCGCGGAGGAGAAUUAUUGGCGACGAAAAAGAAGAAUACUACAGACUCAUGGCCAAAGACCUCGACCAAUGGGAGCAGAAGCGAGUAGAACGAUUCAAAGGUGAACCAGACGGAAGGCUACCAGAAACUGGAGUUGUGGAAACCAACCCGCCUGCCAUGACAGGCCCAGGACGCUCACCCUCCUCACCUUGGGUACAAAGUGCGCAAGGUGGUCAUCAUGAUGGUACCACACAGCCCUUCCAAUCUGCCAUGUCGCCAUCAGCCACGGGCAUGAUUUCGAGCGCGGCUUUUGCAGAAAGAUCAAGCCCCAAUUAUUUUGGCAUGGCUGUGCAAAAUCCCAACAAUUCACAGAAUCCCAACCCAGGUCUGUCCGUGCAAAAGAACUGGGGCACAUUACCCCAUACGCAAGCUCUGUCGAGUCCAAAAUUGCCAGUGUUUUCUCAGGAAUCGGUAUCUGCAGGGUUGAAGAAUAUGUUGAAGACUGAGCCUGAAACCAGCCGCAUACGCCGGGAAUCAGCAUUGCAUGGAUCUUCCCCCUCCCAAACGACUUCAUGGUCAGCGCCUUCGGCCUCACAUCCGCUGGGAAAUUUUUCAUUUGCGCAGCCCAACGGACCAAAGCUUCCAACCAGCAAGAACUUAGCACCCACCUCACAAGGAGUCACACCCGCGUCUUUUCCCUGGGUAUCAGCCGAACGCUGCGCGGAACUUCUUGAAUCAUCUCAGUCAAAUAUCAUGCUAUUCGACGUUCGCCCAUUUGCUCAUUUCAGGCAGGCCAAUAUCAAAGGAUCACUCAAUUUAUGCAUCCCCACUACACUACUCAAGCGCCGAUCAUUCGAUACUCAGAAACUUGAGGGCACCUUCACAGACGACGCCGACAAACAGAAUUUCGCUCGUUGGAGAAAGUGCGACACGAUCAUAGUCUAUGAUUCCGCCGCGGCGGAUUCGAAGGAUGCAGCGCCUCUCUUGAACCUUCUCAAUAAAUUCCAGGCUGAAGACUGGAAGGGAGAUGGGUUGAUCUUACAAAACGGAUUUCGAGGUUUCUCGGCCCGGUUUUCACAUUUGAUUCAGAAGUCACAAACGCAGACGACCGGGUUAUCCUCUAAACGUCCCUCUCCCAUGAGAAUCAAUUUACAAUCUGUUGCCCCUGUAGUGGGUGGCUGUGCCCUACCAGAAUCAACCUCUGCCGCCAAUCCAUUCUUUGGAAAUAUCCGACAGAACAUGGAUCUCCUCGGAGGUGUCGGACAAAUUCCUUUGAAACAGCCCGACCGAUUGACCGAAGAAAAGCGACAGCAGCUCCCUCCCUGGUUGCGGGGCGCUUCCGACAUCAGGGAUCAAGGGCAUAUUGUCUCGAACAAGUUCCUGGUUUUGGAAAAAACAGAGUUAGAACGCAUGAAACAGGCUUUAACAUAUGAAGGGCCCUCGGCUGAUACCGACGGUGGCCCUAAGAAAUAUCGCGUUGCGGGGAUAGAAAAAGGCACGAAGAAUCGUUAUAAUGAUAUUUACCCAUUCGAUCAUUCCCGUGUCCGACUCGAGGGAAUCCCACCUGGGGCCUGUGAUUAUAUCAAUGCAACUCAUAUUUCCGCCGAAUUUACCAAUCGGAAAUACAUCGCUACUCAGGCUCCCGUUCCUGAUACAUUUGAUGACUUCUGGCGCGUGGUAUGGGAGCAAGACAUUAGACUCAUCGUUUCCCUCACUGCAGAGGUUGAGCGGGGACAGGUGAAAUGCCACCGAUAUUGGGAGUCGGGAAAAUAUGGACCAUUUGAGGUGAAGGCCUAUUCGGAAAAGCACAUCUAUAUCGAACCCAUGGUUGGCAGCCCCAAGGCAUCGACUGAACGAUCUGAUGGCACAAACGAAAACCCAGUCAUCACUGUGCGAAACUUCAGUAUCUGCCAUACAUCAUUUCCCUUCCAGCCGCUUCGCGAUAUCACCCAGCUCCAAUAUCCUUAUUGGCCCGAUUUCGGGACAACGUCGCAGCCUACCCACCUUCUCCAUUUGAUUGAGCAAUGUAACAAGGUCAUCCGUGCCACCAGCAACUCCAGCUUUAGUAGCCAGCAACCAGAACCGAAAGGUCAACGGCCAGUACUGGUGCAUUGCAGUGCGGGCUGUGGGCGUACGGGAACCUUCUGCACUGUCGAUAGUGUCUUGGACAUGCUGAAACGGCAACGUGUGCAGGCUAUCGACGGUGGCGGCCUGGACCAGAACCCCAGCGGAUCAACCGAGUGGAUGGGGGAUUUCAAUCUUGACCUAAUUGCAAAGACGGUGGAAGAUUUCCGGAGGCAAAGACCGAGCAUGGUACAGAACCUGAGUCAAUACGCACUCUGCUAUGAGAGCGUGCUCGAAUGGCUCGUUUCUCAGAUGAAGUAG